AUGCCGUCUAAGCUCUUCGUUGGAAAUCUUCCGGACAAUGUGGACUCAAACAAGCUGAAGCAGGUCUUUCAGCCAUUCUGUAAAGUAACUGAAUGUGAUAUCGUGAAGAACUAUGCUUUUGUGCAUAUCGAAGAGGAUGAUGUUGAUUCAAUUAUUACCCGUUUAACCGGCUAUUCCAUAGAAGGAAAAGUUGUGAACAUCAAAAAGUCAACUUCUAAGUUGCGUCCGACACCAGGCAUGCCAAAUCGAUGCUUCAGAUGCCAAUCUGAUGAUCAUCGUACUCCUCAGUGUCCACAAGACCCGUCUAAUAGCCAAAAAGCAGACGGUUUUCAAACUAUCAAAAUCGAUUUGACAGCUGGACCUGGUGGAUUGAAGCGACCUGCUGUGGACCCGAUUGUUGAUGUUCCGAAACGAGCUGCGUUUGGAACUCAAGCAGUUGUUGAACCAGAAAUUCCACGCCCGAUGGAACCAGAUCUUCAAGCUUUGUACCAAGAAUACCAACUCUCUCGUCAGCGUUACGUAUACUAUCGUGAUCGUCUUCUCAAAGAAAUGGAAGCUAAGAAACAUGGAUCAACGGCUGGAUUUGCUCUAUCAACAACAUCUGCUAUCCCAGUUCCAGUUGCCUCAGUUCCCCCAGGAGCCACACAACUUUCCGCGGCACCUGUGUCCUAUCAACCAAAUGUUCCACCGGUCAUACCUGCAGUCAACGCUCCAUACGCAGCGGCAACCAACUUGAGAGCUCCUUAUGCUGUUCAAUCUGCUCCCUACAAUUCUGCCAUGCAAUCUACAGCCCCAUAUGGAUCUGUGAACGCAGCCCCACAAACAAGUGUGAUGACAACCCAACAGUAUCUGCAACAAAUGCAUCAGCAAACUGGAUCUCCUGCUCCGGUUCCAGCUCCAAACCGGAUGUUCUAG